GCCCCGAGCCCGCGCCCGGCGCCCGCACCAGCUGCUCCUCUCGGGCGCCCCUCGCGCUCCCCGCUCCAGCGCCCGCAGGCUCGGCAGCGCGGCCCCGGCCCCAACUCCAGCCCCAGGCUUUCCUCCUUCCUUCCCUCGCGCCCGCCGGCCCGCCCUCCAGGUCUCACUCCCGGGUCCCGAUUGUCUCCGUUCCCUUCUCAGUCCGCCCUUGCCCUCGCCCUGCCCGGUCUCUCCCUCGCACUUCCUGAGUCGCCGGCCGCCGCAGCCUCGCCGCGCCGCGGGAGCCCGCGCAGCCGCUGCCCCAGCUCCAGCCUCCGCAGCCGGCGGCGCCCCACCCGAGGGAGCCCCGGUGCCCCGGGAAGGGAAGAGUGGGCGAGCGCGCCCUCGCCCAGCCCCGCGCCCCAGCCCCGCCCGGGAAGAAAGGACCGGGAAGAUGAACAACGGCAGCAAAGCCGAGAAGGAGAACACCCCGAGCGAGGCCAACCUUCAGGAGGAAGAGGUCCGGACCCUAUUUGUCAGUGGUCUCCCUCUGGAUAUCAAACCUCGGGAGCUCUACCUGCUUUUCAGACCAUUUAAGGGCUAUGAGGGUUCUCUUAUAAAGCUCACGUCUAAGCAGCCUGUAGGUUUUGUCAGUUUUGACAGUCGCUCAGAAGCAGAAGCUGCAAAGAAUGCUUUGAAUGGCAUCCGCUUCGAUCCUGAAAUUCCGCAAACACUACGACUAGAGUUUGCUAAGGCAAACACGAAGAUGGCCAAGAACAAACUAGUAGGGACUCCAAACCCCAGUACUCCUCUGCCCAACACUGUACCUCAGUUCAUUGCCAGAGAGCCAUGGGCCUUGGCGAGCAGCAACUCCGCUAUGACUCAGUCGCCCUUGUCAUCUACUGCCAUUCCCUCUGGGCGUGACCUUCAUGUGCAGAACCAUUGCCUUCCUGGAUGCACACUGCAGGCUAAGAACACUGCUGGCCUGUACUGGCAAACCUAGUAACACUGUGCCCAUCAUUAAUUUUCAAGGUGGUCAGUUUAACCGUCCAUCAGGUGUGGACUAGGAUGGAGUCAUAAAACUUCAGGUUUGAAAACCCUGAAGGCUCCUCUGUUCUUCCCUCCCUCCAGUGGAAUUGUCCUCCAGUGGAAUUGGUGGCCAUGAGAGAGUUGGUACUUGUAAUAAGUGGCUUUUUUUUUUUUUUAAUGUUUUUAGAUGGUAGUAGCUGAAAAGAACCCGUUGUCAUCAUUAAAGGAACUAUGUUCUAUGAUUCAUUCUUGUAACAGGCAUUUAUUUCACUUCUCAAUAAAUACCUGUUGAACUUAAAUGAGCACCUAGUGUGCUAGACACUGGGGCCAGAGAACAUGGCCCCACUAAAAGAGGUGUCUUGCAGCUUAGUCUGGAUUGGCCCGGAAUCUACUCUGGCCGAAGACUCACGAGUGAAAAAACAAGGUAUCCAAACUUUCCACGGUAUGAAACAUUUCAUAACCUGGAGGAAUCUGGAAGGCAUUAUACUGAGUGAAAUUAGUCAGUUGCAAAAGGACAAAUAUUAUAUAUGACCAUUUUUAUAGGAACUCGAGAAAUAGUUUAAACAGAUUAGAGAAUAUUCUUUGAUGGUUACGAGAGGCGGAAGGGAGGGAGGGAGUUUUCACUAAUUAGUAGAUAGGAACUAUUUUAGGUGAAGGGAAAGACAACACACAAUACAUGAGAGGUCAACACAAAACUUUUUGGACUAAACCAAAAGCAAAGAAGUUUCCUGAAUAAACGAAACAUUUCGGAGGCCAGUGUAGCAGGGGCAGGGGCUUGGGGACCAUAGUUUCAGGGGACAUCUAGGUCCAUUGGUGUAAUAAAAUCUAUUAAGAGAGCAUUCCGCAUCCUGCUAUGGAGAGUGGCAUCUGGGGUCUUAAACACUAGCAAGCAGCCAUCUAAGAUGCGUCAAUUGGUCUCAGCCCACCUGGAGCAAAGGAGAAUGAAAAACGCCAAAGACACAGGGUAAUUGUGAGCCCAGGAGACAGAAAGGGCCACAUUAAUUGGAGACUACAUUAGCCUGAGACUCGAGGAACUGGAUGGUGCCUGGCCACAACCGAUGACUGCCCUGACGGGGAACACAACAGAGAACUCCUGAGGCAGCAGGAGAGCAGUGGGAUGCAAACCCCAAAUUCUCAUAAAAGGACCAGACUUAAUGGUCUGACUGAGACUAGAAGGACCCUGGAGGUCAUGGUUCCCAGACCUUCUGUUAGCCCAAGACAGGAACCAUUCCCAAAGCGAACAGGGAUUGGACUGGACUAUGGAAUAAAAAAUGAUACUGGGGAAGAAUGAUCUUCUUGGAUCAAGUAGACACAUGAGACUAUGUUGGCAUCUCCUGUCUGAAGGGGAGAUGAAAGGGGAGAGGGAGUCAGAAGCUGGUGGAAUGGACACAAAAGUAGAGAGUGGAGGGACGGAGUGUACUGUCUUACUAGGGGGAGAGCAAUUAGGAGUAUAUAGCAGGGUGUUUAUAAAUUUUUGUAUAAGAAUCCGACUUGAUUUGUAAACUUUCACUUAAAGUACAAUAAAAAUUAAAAGAAAAAAAAGAAGCUUUCCACGCUAGAUGGCGGCUUGCAGCAGAGGGCUUUGAAGGUGUCGGUGAGCGUUCCAGGUCUGCCAAUUAUUUCCAAACUUUGUGGCCUUAAAUACAUUUAACCUUGUUGUGCUUUUUUUCUUCCAACUGUAAAAAGGGAAUAAUACCUUCUUCAUGUGAUUGUUGUGAAAGUUAAAUAAGAUCACAAGGUCAUAUUGAGAAUUAAAUGGGUGUAAUAAUGCAGGAAAACCAAACCAAAUCAAACCCGUUGCCAUCGAGUCGAUUCCAUCUCAUAGCAACCCUAUAGGACAGAGUAGAACUGCCCCGUAGGGUUUCCAAGGAGCAGUUGGUAGAUUCAAACUGUUGACGUUUUGGUUAGCAACCAGAUGCUUAACCGGUGCACCACCAGGGCCCCAAAUAGAUGCAGAUUACUAGGUAAAUGUAACAUGUGGUCCUAAUUUUUAAAAAGCACUGGGUUGCUUUUCAUAAUAGUUGAAAGUAAGCGUUGAUCACCUGAGAUGUUAUCACUGUGUGACUAUAGCCAAUUUUCUUUGCCAAUUAGGAGAAAGGAUGAAUGAAAUUCAUAAUCCCAAGAAAGUAGCAUACUUUGCUGAUCAAAUUUUUAUUAAUAGGGUAAUUAAUUUGAGCUUCUCUUUCCUUUACCUAAAGACCUUGUUAAACAUGAAGUAGCAAAAUUGCAUGUAAUAAAGAUGGAAAAAAAAAAAACUCAGAAAAAGCAGGAAGUAACAGUGUGGAAAAUUUAUAAAGUAUGUAAAAAUCGUCUAUUAUGCAUUUGGUUGUACAGGAAGAUAGUAUUCUGUAUCUGUAGCGUAAGAAUUCCACCUUAGAGAUGAAAACAGACUAGGUUUGAAGCCAGGACAAGUCUCUUUCUCUCAGAGUUUUGUUUUCCUCAUUUGUAAGAUGAUUCUUUGUGCCAGACACUCGGCCAAGCAUUUUAUGUGAAUUGUCUCAAUGGAUUUUCAAAAUCCAUGAUGUACAGGGAAACCCUGGUGGCAUAGUGGUUAAGUGCUAUGGCUGCUAACCAAGAGGUCAGCAGUUCGAAUCCGCCAGGUGCUCCUUGGAAACUCUAUGGUGCGGUUCUACUCUGUCCUAUAGGGUCGCUAUGAGUCAGAAUCGACUUGACAGCAGCAGGUUUGGUUUUUUUGGCAGAUUAUGACGUACAGUUGAAGAAACUGAGGUCCAGGAAGGUCUAGUGACUCUCUUCAGGUUGCACAGUCAUCAAGUGACAGAGCCUGGAUUUAAAUUCUGGCCCCUUAGUAGUUUUGUGACCUUGGUCUAGUUACUUAACAUGUCUGUCUCAGCUCUCUCAUCUAGAAAAAGGUGCCCUCCCAUUGUGAGGAUUCCGUCAGUAGAAACAUGUGAGCAUCCAGAAGAGUGCCACAUAGUGACUGUUGAUAGGCAUGUGACACUGUGUAUGUUCCUGUGCCGCCUUCGCAGUUGUGAGACCUGUAGUUUUCCUGCUGUUGUAUACUCAGUCAUGACUCUAGGCGACUCCAUUGUGCAGAGUAGAACUGCUCCCUAGGGUUUUCAGGUCUGUGACCUUUAUGAAGCAGAUACCCAGGUCUGUCUCCCAAGGCGGCUCUGGGUGGGUUCGAACUGACAACCUUUCGGCUAGUAGUAGAGCGUUUUACUAUUUGUGCCACCUGGGGAGUCCUUAGCAUCUAAACCCAUUGCCGGCAAGUCAAUUCUGACUCUUAGUGACCCUGUAGGACAGAGUAGGCCUGCCCCAUAGGGUUUCCAAGGAGUGGCUGGUGGAUUCGAACUGCCAGCCUUUUGGUUAGCAGCCAAGUGCUUAACUGCUGUGCCACCAGGGCUCCACUAUGCAUCCAGCACCUAGAAAUACAUUUGGAUUUUUUUCUUAAGGAUACUGUAGAAUUAUUCUUAUGCUUUUCUAUUUGUUCAUAAUUGCCUGUUCCUAGGAAGUGUGGAGAGAGGUGCCCUUCUGGUGAUUUUUUCAAUUUAGAAUGUUAUUCAGGUAUGAUUGGCAUACAAUAAAAUGUACGUAUUUAAAGUGUCCCAGUUGAUCAGUUUUGCUAUUAUAUGUAAGAAUUUAGAUGAAUAAAUGCUAUAGAGUUGUUGGCAACAUAUCUUGUUCUAAUAGUGCCCUUAAAGGUGGAGGCAGACAAAGCUUAGUAGAGCUUUUACUCUGAUUAGACAGAUUGUCCCCUUUCAGUUCUGUUUUUAAUGGAGCAAAUGUCAAAAGUCUCCUGAACCUUGCAUCGAUGCAGAUUCCUCUAAUCCAACCCCAGGAACCCUGAUCUGUGGAUCUGGGCUAGGACUUAGGCACUGUAACUUCAGAAGCCCUUCAGGUGCGUCUAAUGCCCAGUCAGGGUUGAGAAUCACUAAUUCUCUAGAGCAAGGAAUUUGAAAGUUAAAUUCUCCUUCCCAGUCACACACUAUUCUUCCUGUCCACCCCGCCCCAUCCCCCCAGGAACAAAAGCUUGCUUUAUUAAAUCGAUACUCUCAAACACCUGUUGAGCACAUAACCUUUUGGUGAAUAAGCAAACCACUUCCUUGUUUGCCUGCCACGCCACUGGAAUUUCCCAUUUAUCCAAUGCUGACCAGCACCAUCUGGAAGCGAAUUCCCUGUCUCAUGUCUAAAGAGAGCCUGUGAAGGAAAAGUUCAAGAAUGCUUGCAAAGCACCUAACAAGUACCCACCCAGGGACAACACUCAGCAAAUACUAAAUUUCUUAGCCUUCACCUGUGUGGGAUGAGGGUGAUGCGGGGCCUUGUCUGAAGCUCCCUUUGCCCACACGACAGAGUCCCAGUGCUCACGUCAUCCAGGGCAGCAGGGUGCAACAUGUCGCAUUGGAAAGACGGUGGGCAUCUGUCCAGCUCCCAUCCCUGCUCUGAAAAUAGGCAGGAGUGCCACCAGUAUGAGGUGGCUGUACAUCCCCCCUGCCCUUUUCUAGUAGGAUCAGUCGGAAAGACAGCGACUGGGCCUGAGGAAGACCUGCUCAGGCUGGGCUCACCUCUAGUAGAAGGGGAGGGGAGGCAAGGAAAACACAGGAAGUACAGGUGACCUGUAGAGGUGACGGCAAGG